UUUUGUGUUGAUGCUCGCUCCGAUCAGUGGAUCGCUUCGAGAUCUUUAAUAUUCUAUUUUUCGGAAUCUAAAAAAACAAUAAAAUAACUGUUGAAUCCAAUAAUCAAGUUCAUUUAAACAGAAGCUUGGAAAAUUGGCAUAUUAGUUCGCGAGUGAGGUAAAAUUUGGUGAUAACGCAAGCAAUAAAUAUUUAGUGGAACUCUACAUUUCCUCGGUUUGUUGUGCUUGAAAGUGAUCACAGCUGGAGAAAUGAAACACGGUUUUUCGAUGUUCAAUCAGAUGAUGUUUUUAUUGUUUAAUCGGAGUACCUUGAUCAGAUGAUAAAUUAUUUUGUAAUCGGUUGAAGCUAUUCAGAUCGGUGACAAAGUACAGCUUCUAUAUGUGAAAAAUAUUGCAUGUUGAUGCUGCCAAAGUUUCAUUCAAAACAAAGACAACAGUCUGAAUGUGAAGUUCGAGACGGAGAAGAGUGUGGAAGUGUUGCAAUACUUCGAAAAGCGCCUUCUUAAGGUCGUCGUGUGGGAGUUCUCGCCCCCUAUUUUGGGAACGCGUAUAUGUGGAACAUUGGAACAAAUAUUCAACAAUCAAAGACACAUCCAUACGUAGUAAGUUGGCAGAAAUCUGAACGCAUUGAAAAGCGAACAUUGUUUGUUUUUGAACAUCACCGGAGCAUAUCACGAUGGGUAACGUGAUGCAUAAGAUCUCUAGUCCUAUCCAAGCAAUGCGAGGAAAGAAACGUAAACGAGAUGAUGAUGAUUCCGAUAGCUACGAGGAUAACAGCGAUCUUCUCGACAAAUCAAUGGCAACUCCCAAGCGGAAAAAGCUCAUCUCUACAGCAAAGUACAUUUAUCAGGCCUUAUUCAAAGAGGAACGCAACUCUGACAUCACCGUUCACGCCCUAGGCAAGGUCUGGCACCUCCACAAGGUGUACUUAAGCCAGAGUCCAUAUUUUGCAACCAUGUUCAAUGGCUCUUGGCGGGAAGCUGAUGAGGAUUACGUUCACAUCGAAAUUGUUGAUCCGAAAAUAACGAUUGAGUCGCUUUACUCGGUGUUCGGUUCUUUGUACAUGGACGAAGUAGUGCUGGAACCCAGAGAGAUAGUGUCGAUAUUAGCAACGGCUACCUUGUUCCAGUUGGACAGUCUCAUUGACCGAUGUGCUGAAGUUAUGAUAGAAACCACAAAUGCAGAGACGGCGGUCAAGUACUACGAGGCGGCCUGCGAGUAUGGAGUAAAGCCUGUGAAACAAUCGACUUUCAACUGGUUGUUAGUUAAUCUGCUUAGUCUGUACUACAAAACGGGGAAAUGGUUACGGUUAAUUAACAUCGAGCUGAUGGAAUUGUUGGUAGCCAGUCCGGAUUUGUACGUUAUGCAGACUGAGCUGUCUCUCUACACACUGCUCAGGUUCUGGAUGUACUUGAAGCUCAAUGUAUUGAACGAGACCGAAUGCGAGAAGGCGUCUACGUCGGAUGAGCAGUUGCAAUAUUUUUCCCAGAGACAAAGUUCGCUGGCGUUUCUGAAUACACCGAAAGGAAGGCCGUUUGAGAAGUGCUUUCAAGCGUUAAGGUUACACAAUUUGUUGAAUCAUCACGUAGACAUUAAAGUAUUAAAACAGGAUAACAUCAUUCCAUCGGAGUGGCUGAAUGAGCCAUUGUUCCAGCAAUGGAAUAGUAUGCUGCUGAUCGACCAAUCGUUAGACAAAGGACCGAAAGAGGUAGACGAUAAAGUGUUUCUGGAAACUUGUAUUCGAUGUGGAAGGACAUUACCAGAAAAUGAGUACCUCAAAUGGCGCUGGACUGGGUUUAAUUUUGGUUUGGAUCUAAUUUUAAUAUCGGACACCAAAACUUUGAGAGUGAAACGGCAUCAUCGUACAGAGAAUGAACGACUUUUAAGUUUGCAAGUGAAACGUCAAUUUCUCAUACGAGUAUCGCUAGCCUCGCUGAAUGAGCUAAGGCAAAUUAAACAUCAGCAAACGUCCACUAUUCAGUCGAUCGCAUUGGACAAAAACGAAGAGGCAAUGCUGAUAAUGUUUGACAAAGAACUUACUUAUCCACUUUUAAUCUCUGUAAAUAUGCUCGUGGUUUCACCUCCACGAAGGUGUGCAAAUACGACAUUACCGGGAUUACCGAUAGCAGGACCGUCCACUGCUCGAGAGCCAAAACACUCUCCAGGAACAGCAAGCGACGAAGAAUCACAUGAUGCCAACGGUAACAACACAGCGGUCGAUUCCUGAUUGGAACCGAUCAACAGGCAACGUACUGAGCCUCAGCGCAUAGGAAGUAUAUCACAAUGCUAACCAUACGAAGUUUUUGGUUACCGUGCAAAUCAGUUGAUUCUUGUCAGGAAUGAAACAUAUUUCUUCUCGUUAACUAAGCAUCAUACUUCACGUCUGCAAUGCUAUUUCUUAUUUUAUCGGUCGCAAACGGUAAUAAUAGAGUGCGAGCGACGAUACCGUACAUUGAGAAAUCUUUUGAUUUGCUUACAUUCACUGACUUGAUGUUGUUUCAUUGGAAAUAUUAGUCAUAUUAGUUGAUUGCGUGUGCCAUAUUUGUUCAGCAAUAUUAAUGUCUUUUUCCGGCUAACCAAAUUUCAAGUGUUUGAGCAAACAUUCUCGAAAUCAACGUAGUUACACGUUAUCGUAUAUUCUUGGAAAAUUUUUCUAUAGGUACAACAACGGACUUGUAUUUGUAAUUUGAACGUUUUGAAACAAAAUGCAUUGUUUGACUUUUUUGAAUGCGGUGAAUUAUUAUGAUCACAAAGAAUUUAAUAAAAAAAAUCAUUUUUGCUCAUAUCGCACAUUUGUUAUGGUCUAUUUCCAAACAUUUCCCCAAAAACUCAAAGCUAUAUUUCCAAUUACUUCUUAUAAUUCUGAUAAUAAAUAAGAAUAUGAAUACCCAAUUAUGGUUAUUCUAAUAUAAUACAGCCCAAGAAUGCUCUGUGGACUAAAAGUUAAAGCAGUCGCAAGUUAGUUAUAGUCAAAAAUGCUAAUUUCUACAAAAACGUGUUGCACAAAUGAUGUUCACAAAAUUAGUCAAAUUUUUGAAAAAAUUACUUAUCGAAUCCUAUAAUAAAAGGAAUCGAUUCAAAAUUCUCAAAACCAAUUUGCAAAAAAAACACCAUUUUUGAUUUUGGUGAAAUUUUUGAUAGGUGAUUAUGUUCCCAACCAACAGUUCAUAAAAUGCAAGAUUUCAGAAAAAAAUUCAAACAAGAUCUUUUUCUUGCCAAAACUGUUAACUGCCUAUCUUGAGAUAAAGUUUCUUUCAAAUUGUUUUUUUUUGUGAAAAUUGUGUUUUUUUUUUUGUAAAUCGAUUUAAAAUUUUUAAUUUUGCUUCGAAAAUUUGACUUUUAACCGACAAUGGAAAUCAAUUUGGAAGAAACAAAGUGUCCAAAGUAGCAUUAUGAGACAUAGAGAGGAAGCUCAAACAUUUGUUAAAGUUGGCGCGAAAUUCAUCAGCAAAUAAAUUAUACUGAAUUACCUCAAA